AUGGCGGACACCGAGAGGCCCAUUAGCAUAUUGCCGUCCAUCAAAUGUUCAGACUGCGGCGUCGAGAUCGAGAUCUCGAAGAUGGCCGACCAUGUCUGCGGCCCAGCCCCCGAGCCUGAGCCCGUUGCCCCAGCACCAAAGGCCACAAAGAAAUUCUUCGACCGCGCCGCCAGCAGCAUUCGCUCGUCGACUGCCGCCUUCAAGCCUGGUCGCUCAGCACCACCGCCUAGCAUUGACUCCGGCGUCGCCAACAAGCCCUUCGCCGGACGCGCCCAGGCGACCGCCGAUCCUUUGACCCCGAACAGCAACCCAAAUUCCAGAAAUCAACCAAACCUCGAACCCGAGAGCUCUCUGGAACCAAUCAAGAGGCAACUCACCCCAACUCACGACUACCCUGAAUCCGACCCGAAUUUCGCCCCUCUGAGCCCGCGGCCCAAUGCCAGUGAAAGUGUCUUCUCUCGCCUGAACACGCUUGCCUCCGGUCCGUUCAACGUGAGGGAAAGAAAAACAUCAUUGAGGCCUGAGACGGCCGAGGAAGCAAGACCCAGCUCGUCGCACAGGAGGACUCCGACAUUGAGCAGCUUGAGGAGCAGGUCCAAGUCGCGCACUUCUAGCCGUGGGAGCAAUACCUUGGGCCAUGAACGUCAGCCAUCGACAGCCAGCACAGAAAGAUCGCGCUCGUCCAUGCGCUCCACUGGAUUGCCGGCGCCAGCUGAAGUUGGUGGGAAGCGCGUACCGCCUCCACGACCAGCGCGUCCUGAUGAGAACGUGGACAGCUUUUUGGAAGCAUUGCAGGGUGAGGCUAACCAGCCUUCGCUGGCGGGCUUGGGGAUGCGCUCGCAGUUGUCUCCAAUCCAGAAAGACACAAAUGGCGCUGCCAACAAGGCUUCCAUCUCACUUCCGAGGAGGCCUUCGGACAAAGUUCCGCCUCCUCCGCCGAAGUCUCUUGCACGAAACAUCUCGACCGACGACACCCCAGAAUGGUGGGAUUCUCCGGACAAGGCACGCCCGUCCAGUCCGGAAAAGCCACCUGCUGAGCCUGCUCAGCAUGAGAGGAAAGCAUCCGUUGCGGACGACAAUGCGAAAAGAUAUCCUCGCAGGACGUCUAGCCGCAACCUUAGUCUCAAGGACCUGGAUCUUGGCCCCAGACCACCUGUUCCUCAGCCCCCGCGCCUAGAGGUUCGUCCUCGUGGCACUUCCCACGCGCCUUCAGAUUCUGGCUCGUCUGAGGCCUCUUCCGGCUUCGAUCGCAGCAGCCGCUCUACGCCGCCAACCUCUGCAGGAGCCAGCCCUAUUGCUGAGCCAUUCAAGGCAUACAGGCCCUUUGACCAGCCUCCCUCGGGACCGCGCCCGGGAACUUCCACUGGACCUCCUCCUGAGGCACAGAGGAGGCCGAGCAUGAGCCGGCCAAACCCGCCGGAGAGUCUGCCUUUGAGCCCUCCGCAGCUUCGUGCUGUUCCAGACGCACCCGAGUCACCGAUGGACCCUGCCAUUCAGCGCGGUAUAUUCACGCCGAACCGGCCGUCGGAUUCUUCGGCACUUCCGGAGAUCCAAUCCGUUGUCCGGGAGGAUGAGAAGCCUCCUAUGCCUCCUGUCCCUGCCGAGGAGGAGCCGCCAAUGAAGCCUCUUACACACACGAGGACAGCAUCAUUAGGAAAGCGGCCCGGCACAGCGGGUAAGGGGAACUGCAGAGGAUGUGGUGAAGUCAUUGUAGGGAAGAGCGUCAAAGCGGCAGACGGGAGGCUGACAGGGCGGUGGCAUAAGCAAUGCUUCACCUGCAGGACUUGCCACUCCCCCUUCCAAACGGCCGACUUCUACGUCAUUGACAACCACCCGUACUGCGCACACCAUUACCACCAGAUGAAUGGUUCUCUUUGCAGACACUGCAACUACGGAAUCGAGGGUCAGUACCUGGAGACUGAGCGGCGGCAAAAGUUCCACCCGCAAUGUUUCGCAUGCGACACGUGCAGAAUGCCCCUGCGGGACGACUACUUUGAAGUUAUGGGGGUCGUGUACUGUGAACGCCAUGCGUGGCACGCAGCAAGACAGACAGGCGGCGGUCCGCGCGGCAUGCUGGCUCCAGGAGACCCUAGGCGCAACCCUGAAAGGAGGAGGACUAGGCUGAUGAUGAUGUGA